CGCAUACACAAUUCCAAACUCUUCCAGCCUUCACUUCGCCGUAUAUCACCACCUGCACAUGCCGGAUGAACCAGCAAGCAAACGACGCCGCCUUGAUGAGGACGGUCCCGUCAACACCCCCGCCGACUUUGUGUCGACCUUUCUUCCCACCCCAGUUACCGAGAAUGGACCGGGGGUAGAUGGCUAUGGAUUCGAGAACAUGGAUCCUUUUCUCUCCCCAGCUACUGCAUCGAGCUGGCCUUUUGAUGAAUUCGCGCACGAUCCGGACUACCUGGCAUCGCAGGAAGCUCUUCGCUCUCUGCUAUUUACCACGGCCCGUUCAGUUGCACCUACCCGUGCAGGAACCCCUGUCGAUGGAGACGAGCCGGCUGGCGUCGUCAAUAUCAAACAGGUACUGUCAAAGGGCAGACGCGUCCAAUACUUGAAGAAUUACAUGUCGCAAGUGGCACCAUGGCUCGAUAUGUUCGAUAGUAAGCGUGCAUUCGGCAUUCAAUUACCGGCUCUCGCCAAAGAAUCGCCCCCUUUGCUGUACGCUAUCCUGGCCAUUGGCGCUCGUCAGCUCGAACGCAAAGAGAAAACCCAGUCAUCGUUCGAUAGCCUGGAGCUCUACCAAGAAGCUAUUCGCCUCUUGACGCCUCUUCUAUCAGCCCGAGACACGCAGGUCAUCGCAGCUUGUGUGAUCUUAUGCUGCCUGGAAAUGUUUUCUGCUAGCGCCCAGGACUGGCGCCAUCAUCUGGAAGGCUGUGCGGCCGUGUUCGAGGCCUUCGGCGUCAACGGCUUCAGUGACGAUAUUUUGCAGGCAGUCUUUUGGUGCUACGCACGAAUGGACGUCUGUGGCGCGCUAAUCUCGGACGGUACAGAGAGCACACUACUCAAACCAUCACAGUGGCUUCCCGUCGGAAUGACUGAAGAUACUGCUGAGUCUCUAUUCCGAAAUGCCCCGUCGCCUGACAUGUACGCCAACUUUGCUGUCUAUCUCUGCGCAAAGACUUGCGAACUCAUCUCUGAUCGCAACAAGUAUGUUGAGCUGGGGACUGAGAACGGCUGCGAUGCGCCCAAUUUCCAACAACGGUGGUCCCAACUUUGGGUGCAGCUCUGCAACUGGGCGCUCUACCGCCCCAAAGAGAUGCUACCUAUUGUGACUACCAACACCAUGCCAUUUCCGCACAUACUCUUCGCUCACUGGGCCGCUAUCUCGUCAAACCAACUGUAUCACACCUCUUGCGUCUUGCUUCUCAAUGCCAACUCAAAGCAAAAGAUAGCUCUUGGAUCAUCACAUACGGCCUCCUUAAUGUGGCACGUAAAGCGCAUCUGCGGAAUCUCCUUGACCAACCCGCACGAGGGCUGUCUAAACAACGCCAUCCAACCACUGUGGAUCGCUGGACGUCUAUUGAGUCACUCCUCGGAACAGGCCUUGGUCGUCAAGACCAUUCGGCAUAUUGAGGUCCUUACUGGAUGGACUGCCACAUGGCGCAUCCGCGAUCUGGAAAGCACCUGGGGCUACAAGGUCCGCCUAGAAGCUUGAAAUCCCGACCCAUCCUGUCCGAUUUCAGAUCACAAUCUACAACUUCACCAUCCGUCGGCUAAUUGCCACUCGCUCCUCAGCUCA